AUGGUUAUACAUGCUGUUAGUAGGUCUUUCAGGAAGAUAAUUAUGUUAGGAGAGAUCGCAGGUUUGCUUGUGUUUGUGACAUUACUAGCGACUUAUGCAUGCGAUACUUCUGGAUCUAAAGAUGACUCUCUGUCAGCUAACAAACGAUUUCUGCUGGAUGGAAAUGCUGUACCUUCUAAUAUUUCAUUAGAACAGUUUGCAUCGUGUUACCUAACUUGUACACCAACAUAUGGGAAACUCUUGGAAACAUGUUGUAAAUCAGGUCUCAGUGUGGUCUGUUCAAAUCUGCCAUGGGAUAUUUUGAAACCCAAGCUAGGGUCCUGCCCAGGAUUAUCAAAAAGUCCGACCACUUCAGCAUGGUUGUCCAUGGAACAGUUUGCUGCAUGCUUUCUCACUUGUGUUGUUGGUUUCGAAAAACUUACAGAGGCAUGCUGCCAAACUGGAUUAGAUGCGAUUUGUACAAAUUUGCCAUGGGAUAUAUUAACAUAUCAAUUAGGAUCAUGCCGAUCUGAACUGUCAACUAUUAGAACAACAAAACCAAGUACCCUUCCUCAACCUUUCUGGUCGUCGUGGGGAGCAUGGACAUGCGGACAUCAAGGAUCAAUCUGCUUUCAGACCCGGGAAAGAAAAUGUUCAACGGGAGUAGACAAAGAUUGCGAAUCUCAGCCUGAUGAAAUGGCCACCAUCGUAAGACUUUGCUCGGAAUCUACAUGUCAAGAUUUCUCUUCAACAAAGAUAUCACACACUACAGCUACGACAACACGAACGUCUGGUCAUUCGACAUCUUCACAAAUGACGUCAUUAAGAACACCUGCAACAAUACAAACUGGAACAGUUACAACUAGAUACACCAAAUCCACACUAUUUAUGACGUCAUCAUUACCACAACCAACACCUACAACUCCCCAGCAACCUUACUGGUUACCAUGGGGAAGUUGGAUUUGUCAACAACAACAAGGUGCAUGUUUCCAAAGACGAGAAAGAAACUGUUCGACGGAGUAUAAUAACGAUUGUGUACAUAGUCAAGGUGGAAAACAAUACAAUGUUGGUUUGUGCACUGAAACUUCAUGUCCAGAAUUCUUUACCACCACUUUGAUACCUACAACAACGCCUCCUACCACAACGCCCAAAGAUCCAUGUCAAGAUGAUCCGACAUCUAUUGGCUGUACAAUACCAUAUAUACUAACUGACGUCUGUAAGGAAAAUGCAGCUGCCUGGAAACUGUGCCGGAGGUCAUGCGGCUUGUGUGACUCAUGUUGGGAUUACCUACCCUGCUCUUCACAAGGGGCACAGAAAGUGUUCUGUGGCAGAGAAGAAUAUGCUGUUCAGUAUUGCAGGAAAACAUGUGGAAAAUGUUCACAUAAGCAAGUGGAUGUACAGUUGAAUAAAUGUGGAGACCCUGUGUCUUCAGAGGUAAUCUGUGAACAGCUUCAGAAUGAAAUCUGUAUUUGUAAUGACCCCGAUCUUCGUGCGCUUUGUGGAAAGUAUUGUGAAAACAAGUGCGCAGUGAUUGGCUUUCCAUACACUGGAUCAAACUGCAAGCCAGCUAGGCGGAAGAAAAGGGAAGCAAUACUUAACCAAGUCGUGUUUAAUUGAAAUUCUGUAAUAACUGUAAUUAUUUUGGUAAAGAAAUGUGGAAGAAUAUUUAAGCGCA